CUCAUUUGACUGGGGAACUUUAAAUGAUCGGUUUCUCACUCGCAGGGCGUCACGAAGAAAGUGCAGGGGUUUGCGACUGUCGUUUUAUAAUCUCUUGUCAGUGCUGAAAGAGGACAGCAUGCUGACGUUAUCACCGGUCUGAUGGAGAGGCUUUUCUCAGACGCAAGGGACACAUUUCUCCAGCGUUAACUUACCCAGCGUUUUUCUAAGUUUCACAUCUCGAAGAAGUUUCCACUGUGAUCCACGUUUAACUCACUCGCCAUCAUGGGUGAUGUGAUUUCCUCCAACCUGGACGAGAGCAAACGGGAGAUGAUUACAGCCCAUACCAGGGCCGUGAUGAAGGAGUUUGGCAAAGUUUACGAGGAGCAGUAUGCCGUGGCUCUCUUCAACAGCGUACGAUUUGAGAUUGAAGGUGGUGGGACCCCACAAACGCAACUAUUACACAGAAAGGACCCUCUGAAGAACAAGUCCAUCUUUUCUGGAGGUCUCUUUAACUAUCUGGAGGAGAGCAAGAAAUGGAGGAGUCGGUUUUUGUAUGUGGGCGACACUUACAACAUCAGCUUGUAUGAGAGCAAGGCAGCAUAUGAUCGAGGUAUCCAGAGUAAAGGGACUAUUAAUUGUGCCGGGUACAGAGCCUUGACCUCUAUGGAGGAAUACUUGGGACUCCUUAACAACAGCCCGAGUGAUGCCAAGGCCAAAGGUGGCACUGCACAAUUUCUAAAGUGUCCUACACAGUAUCCCCUCAUCCUGUGGCACCCGUACGCCCGCCAUCACUACUUCUGCGUCAUGACGGAAAAAGAACAGCAGAAGUGGCAUGCCGUCUUCCAGGAUUGUGUUAGACACACCAACAACGGUCUGUCAGAAGAGUGCAAGGUCGCAACGCCAGCUUUCACAGACGCCCUUCGUCUAUACAGACAGGCCAAGGGUCAUUAUGGCACAUGGGACAUGAUGUGUGGAAACCAAGCACAGAUUCUUGCUAACCUUGUGAUGGAGACGUUGCAACCAGAGUUGAAAAAUAUGAUUGUACCGCGUUUGAAAGGGAAGCCGCAGCAGAGACAGAAGGACUGGAUGUUGAUCUCAGAUGCGGUGUACAGACAGGUGCUGUUGCAGACACGAAGUCAGCACGAGGCUCUGGUGCAGUCAUGUGAGGUGCAGCACCCCCGUCUGGAUGCGGCUCUUCGUACAGACAUGGACCAAAUCAUCACAUCCAAAGAACAUGUUACCGGAAAGAUUCGUGCUUUUGUGUUGCCACGUGCAAAUCAGCUUUUGAGUAGCAGCGUUCAACCCUACAUCAACUCCAUUCUGGAAGCCCUCAUGGAGCCAACCAGCAGAGGAUUCGCUGAGGUGAGGGAGAUCCUCUUUCGGGAGCUGGUGGAGGUCAGCAAGAACGCCAUGAACGACAGCAGCAAGGAGAAACUGGUAGAGCAUAUGGAAAAGAUUUCCAUGUUGGCCUUCCACCCUGUAAAGAUGCAGAGCUGUUACGAGAAGAUGGAGAUGUUGAACCUGGAGGGGCUCCAGCAAAGAUUUGACGUUUCCAGCCCAUCUGUGUUCAUCCAGAGAGCUCAGAUUCUUAUGAGACAGCAAAUGGACAAUGGAGUGUACACGUUUGAACAGCUGGUACAUCAGAGUCUACAGGAACACAGCGGAGAAGAUCUGUGCAAGACCAUCCAGCGCUGUCAGGAUCGCGUGCUUAAGAAAUACGACUAUGACAGCAGCUCGGUGAGAAAGAAGUUCUUUAGGGAGGCUUUGUUACAGAUCAUCAUACCAUAUAUGCUGAAACAACUCUCUCCGUCCUGUUCACCGGAUCUGCCCAAGUUUAAAGAGCUCAUCUUUGAGGACUUCUCUAGAUUUAUAUUAGUCGAAAACAUAUAUGAGGAAGUGGUCCUGCAGUCCAUCACCAAAGACAUCAUGAUGGCUGUAAAAGAGGCUGCAGUCCAGAGAAGACAUAACCUGUACAGGGACAGCGUGGUACUGACCAACAGUGACCCCAAUCUGCAUCUGCUGGGAGAGGACGCCAUCGACUGGGCUGGUCAGAUUGAAGGAGCUAAAGAAGGUGAAAAUAAGGGCGGUGAAGCAGCCAAAAGGAGACGUAAACAGAUAGUCUCCAUGAUCCAUCUAGAAGGUAUGCCUCCACUGCCCUACGAGUCUUGUCAGGAGGUGCCAGGUGUGGAUAAUAUCCCAGAGGAGAAAGAGGGCUGGGAGAAAUUGGAAUCUCAGAAAUUGGAAGAGUCAAAAUUGGAAGCAUCAAAAUCAGAACCCCCAGAAUCGGAACCUUCUGAGGUGGAAUCUUCAAAAUUGGAACCCUUGGAAUUGGAGUCUUUAAAAUCGGAACCUCCAAAGCCAGAAUCUCCAAAACCAGAGGGACAGGUGGCCGUGAAGACAGACCCAGGGUCUCCUGACAGCAUAGGCCAAAUCCGUCACCUCAUCAACCCUGUGCUGGAGGUUGUUGGCCUUGCUUCUGAAGAAGACAAGUCUCAGUUGACCAAUGGGGUGUUUCCUCUAGAGGAGUGUGAUGAGGUAAAGCACGUCGUCACAGUAACUGAAACGGUGCAAAGGCAAUCGCCAAUCGGCAAAGGUUUAAUUGAUGAAACAAAAGAUGAAACGCAUGCGGAAGUUGAUGGAAGGUCGGAUGCGGCAGGGAAAGAUCAGACUUCAGAUACAGACCUCUCAGAAGACCAGCAGGCUGUGUCGGCCAUCGAGAGCGCCAUUCAACAGAUCGUGAACGCCGUUCGGGAAGAUUCUGAUGAUGAAUUCCCCCAAUCAUCAUCUACCAACUCCAGCCCUAACCACCAUGAUGACAGCGGCUUUCAGUCUCCAGCCAAUGAGAAUGUAGAAGGAGAGCCUCAACCAAUCACAGUGGACGCGGAGCAGGUGACGUUAACUCUGGUGGAGGAAGCGAAAACACCUCCUUGUUGAUUUUGGUCCUUGAGAACUUUCGGUCGCAGGACAGAAAUCGAAAAUUAAUGCCGCUUGAUUUGAGAUUGAAACGCAGGCCACAUGAAAACACAACUUGUUUUAUAACUGAGCUGAGACACUUUUGAUAUGUAUUUGUCUCUGCACAUCCCUUUUUAUGGUUGAUAUUUCAGCCAUGUUGAGUUUUUAUGUUAUUUUAUUUCUUACAUUUGCAGUUAAUUUCGAUUCUUUCUUUCGGGGAUGCAAUCUGUGUGUAUAUAUUGAAUAUUCUCAUAUAUACAUUUAUAUGAACUUUACUAUCUUAAACUUAUGACUCCCACAGUAAAUAUUAUUUGUGGUUGUUUUUCUGUUCCUGUUCUCUUUAACUACUUCUGCACGACUAAGCAGAUCUUCACAUUUGGUUACACGUGACUUAACCACAACAUCCCAUUACAUCUGCGAGGGUUUUAGUAUUAUUUGUGUUACCGUCAUGAGGAGAUAACCAAACUAAUGCAGAUAUACAUUAAAGUGGCUUGGUGCAUUAGACAGGAUCUCGGAGUUGCAGUAAACUACAGUGAUAUUUUAUAGGGGCAAGCUGACAUGUUAACAGUGGGUGUUGUUAUUUAAACACUAAUGUAUUAAUGUUGCAUAAUUGUGCACUUAUAAUUAUAAUUAUGCAAAUGAAUUCAUAAUAAAUUUAACAUUGCUUUUAAUGUCGGUAGUUAUCACUUUUGUUUUUUAAAAAAAUACAAAAUGACUUUAUUACUACAGAAUGCAUUCACAGUGACCAUUUACAUGUGCAUGUGUAUAUAGCGCACAGAUGCAAGAGUUUGAGCUUUUGCAUAUUGAGGUCAGAGGAUUGGGGUUAUUAUUACAGCUUUUAGUUGGUUUUGUUAUGAACUAAAAAGCCUCAAAUACACCUACACAUGAGGAACUUUGACUCUAAUGGAUGGAUUUAUGUUGGUCAGGUGGGCAAACGUGCGCUGGCAUUUUGGUGUGGGAUUUACUAAUGGACAAAUUUAUGUUGCCUUGUUUUAUAAAGACACAUUUUUGUUGCUUUAUCUUAACAUAUUUUUAUUCCACUGACAUAAAUUUCAGCUGUCAUAUCUUUAUUUAUUUAGUGUGUUUGUUCUAUUUUCUACAGCCUGUUAUUUCUUUGUAAGGCAAUUGUGGAUUAAUAAAUUACAAAUUAUUUUGAAAUAGUAUGUGUGUUGUAUAAAUGUAUAAUAUAAAAUUAUGCUGUUGGUAAUUUUAAAUGUAAAGUAAAAAAUAAACUACUAAACUCUAAAA